AUGUGUCCUGAGGACUGGUAUGACCUGGCAGCAGCUGAGCUACAUGUCGUCGCCAGGGGCGCCAUUCCGGCCAACGUCUUCAAAAAUUCCAACAUCAAGCCCCAGCUCUCCUCGGGCAACAACGUUCCCACCAACUGCCUGGAUGUGGCAGGCAGUGGCCCUCCGGGCUACUGCUACAAUGUCUGCCUGACACCGGAGUCCACCAAGAAUGACUUCAUGUUCCUAAAGCCCUACAGCCCGAGUCCCACAAGGAACAAGGAGAAAGCUGCCGAGAACUUGCCAGGGCCGGGAAGGAAGCCCCGAGCAGCGAAUAACACCGUCAGUGCCACCAGCCAGGAUAUCCCUGCGGGGAACAGCCAGCCCCUCUCCACCAGCAUGGACACAGACCUGGAUCCCCCUCCCCAGCCAGUGCUGGGGCUGGAUCCCCCUUCUGGAGCAGUGAGCGAAGGACUCCCCCUGCUCAUCAUCUGUGCGGUCUCCAGAGAUGCCAGAGAGUGGAGAUUUCACUUCUACAAGGAUGGAGCUGAGAUCAUCCCUGGGGACAUGGGGUCUGAGAUCAACACCACGGAGCCUGGCACUGUCUCUAUGAAUGUCUCUGUGCUCAGCAUCCCACAGGCCGGUCCCAACAACACCGGGGAAUUCACCUGCAGGUACGAGGAGAACGUGAGCGGGAGGUGGAUCCCGUCCCCCAGGAGCCGGGCUGUGAACGUGACUGUGAACGUCACCGGGACAGCCUCUUACAGUACCCGUGAUAUUCUGCUGACAACAGGUGGCCUCUUGCUUCUGGUUGGAGCCAUUGCUGCUCUCAUCUGUUACUGCAGGAGGAAGAAAAGAGUUCCAAAGCCUCAGAAAAACAUUGAGGGAUCUGAGCCCAGAGGAUGUGCCAGAAACCUGCAUCCUGAUCAUGAUCAUCAGGGAUCUAAAGCCAGGGUUCCUGGUGCAGAGCAGAUGGAACAGGGCUCUGAAGUCACCUACGCGCUCAUGGUAUUCCCGGCCUUGGAGGCCCAGGCAACCCAGUCGAAAAACAAAGCCAAGCCUGCUGAAGAUGAGCAUGUGCUGUAUAGCGAGGUGGUGACAACGUGCACCCGAAAGGCAGCUAAAUAAGGAGGGGAAACCCUCUCUACGUCUCUCUGCAUCUUCUCCUCCUCCAGGCAUCCGUAUCCUUAACCCUUUAUAUCUCAAGAUCCCUUUUAUGCCACUUGGCAAAGCGCACACCCAACACACUUGUCAGACUAUUUAGCCAACCAGCAGCUUGUCGGGUAUCAUAGAAAAACUUGUGACCCACUGCCCGGGAAUAUCACUGUAUGAUGUACGUACGGGUUGUGUAGAAAGAGUUACAUAUGUAUGCUGGAAAUAUGUUGUGGGUGUGGUUGCUAAACAAGCGACAAAGAGUCCUGUGGCACCUUAUAGACUAACAGAUGUAUUGGAGCAUAAGCUACCACUCUGAUACUUGAUAAACAAGGUGGCCGGAGACAA